AUGCGCUCUCUGCUGGCCAUCGGCCUGAUCGGCCUCCUAUUCGUCGCCGGCCUCGACGCCGCCAAGAAGGCGAAGAAGGGCAAUGACUGGGAUGAGCUCGAGUCCCUGCUCGAGGACAUCGACGAGGACAAGAAGACGGUGAAGACCCAGCCCAAGGAGAAGGAGCCCCACGUCAAGCGCCCGAGGCCCAACCAGGAGAAGAAGGUCCCUGAGAAGAGCCCGUGCGAGGACCACGUCUGCGGAUGGGGAAAGGAAUGCGUGGUUGACAAGAAGGGCGAACCGACCUGCGAGUGCAUCGCCAAGUGCCCCGAGCUUGACGGAGACCCGAUGGACAAGGUGUGCGCGAACAACAACGAGACGUUCGUCUCCCUGUGCGACCUGUACCGCGAGCGAUGCCUGUGCAAGAAGAAGAGCUCCGACUGCGAGAAGCACUCCCACGCCAAGGUCCACCUCGAGUACCUCGGCGAGUGCAAGCAGCUCGAAGAGUGCACCACCGAGCAUAUGGCCCAGUUCCCCGAGAGGAUGUCUGACUGGCUCUUCCAGGUGAUGCGUGAGCUGAAGAAGAGGCGCGAGCUGCACAAGCUCGAGUGGGAGGAGCUGCUCCAGGAGGCCGAGGCCGAUGACGACAAGAAGCACGUCUACCCGGUCAUCUGGAAGUUCUGCGACCUUGACGUCAAGCCCCACGAUAAGGAAGUCUCCCACCACGAGCUGAUCCCGAUCACCGCCCCCGUCAUCCCGAUGGAGUCGUGCAUCAAGCCAUUCCUCGAGGGAUGCGACACCGACAACAACGGCGCCAUCUCCAUCAAGGAGUGGGGCAAGUGCCUCGGACUCAAGGACGGUGAGAUCCAGGAGCGUUGC